AUGGACCAUUUAGGUGCGAUGACAUAUCUAGUAUCAAAACUAGGUUUGGCCUGUCCUAUAUAUGCUACUCUACCUGUGUUCGAAAUGGGCAGACGAUGUAUGCUGGAUGCUGUAGCUUCACGGCUCGAUGGCGAAGACUUUACUCUCUUUACGGACCAGGAUGUCUAUACGGCCUUUGAUCGCAUGACUCAGCUAAGAUUCAUGCAAACUGAAGGCUUGAAGGGCAAGGCAUCUGGUAUCCAAAUUACUCCAUAUCCAGCUGGCCAUACAGUAGGAGGAACUAUAUGGAAGAUCAAAGAAGACACGAAUGAUAUCGUGUAUGCCGUGGACUACAAUCACAUCAAAGAGAGACAUUUGGAUCCUACAGUUUUGCAUCAAGGUAUAGAUGCAUUUAGUCGACCAUCUGUACUGAUAACAGACGCCUACAAUGCUCUGAAUUCUCAACCACCCCGACGAAUUAGAGAAACAGCUCUACUCGACGCAAUAUCCACAGCCAUUCAACACAACGCAUCGGUUCUAAUACCAGUGGAUUCGUCAACCCGUGUACUAGAGAUCGCAUAUAUUCUCGAAGCUCACUGGCGUAGUAAAUCACUGAAUACGCCCUUGUUCAUGCUGACCCAUCAGUCCUCGCAAACUGUCACAGCUGCCAAAGUGCUGCUGGAAUGGAUGGGUGAAUCUAUAGAAAAGGAAUUCUCUGGGAAUCGAGACAAUCCAUUCGAGUUCAAGAAAAUGCAGCUAGCACAUUCACUAAAGGAUUUAGAUCGUGCUGGAAAUGUAGGCAAGAUAGUGCUAGCUUCUAUGCCUGGAAUGGAUGCUGGCUUUUCAAAAAGUCUGUUUGUGGAAUGGGCUACCGUGUCCAAGAAUCUCAUAAUAAUCACUGAUCGUGGAUAUCCGAGAUCCAUGACCCGUAGACUUUACAAGAUGUGGGACUCAACUGGCUCCCAGAAUGAGACUGGAGCGAUACGUGUCCUGAAUGCGGAUAUGAACCUCAAGAUCAGCAAGAAAGUACCAUUACAAGGAGACGAGUUAUCAACAUUCCGUGAAAAGGAAGCACGAGACAAGGAAAACGAAGCCAAUCGAACAUCUCAAGCUCGUAAAUUACGUGCUCUAGACGACGAUGAUGAAUCUGAUGACGAAUCAGAACUAAACCAACCUGUAUUAAAUCGGUCUCUAGUCCGUGAUGCAUUUGCUGAAUCCAACAGUAACCUUCUCAAUACUGAGUUCGAUGCAUAUGUACGAGAUGCUCAUCGAGCAGGAGGAUUUUUUAAACAGUCACAAAGUUUUAGAAUGUUUCCUGCUCAUGAGAGUCGACGACGAGUUGAUGAUUAUGGAGAGCAGAUUGAUCUUAGUGUGUUUGCUAAAUCUGAGUUUCCGUAUGCUGCUAGACAAGCUGCUGAUGAAGCUGAAGCUGCUAAAUUAGCAGCUGAAGUAGUUGAGAGCCGACCAAUAGAGGAGGUGAUUCCGAACAAAGUUGUCGAGGAGACUGUUGAUAUUGCUGUAAGAUGCAAUGUCAUGUACGUAGAUUUGGAAGGACGGGCUGAUGGCAAUUCUGUGAGAAAUAUUAUUCCGCCAUUACAAGCUCGAAAGCUGAUCUUGAUUCACGGAACGGAGGAAGCCACAGCAAGCUUACAGCAGAGUUUUAUUGAAAAUUCUCAAGUGACUGAUGACGUUUAUGCUCCCAUCGUUGGUGAAGCUAUUAAUGUGUCGUCGAGUACAAAUAUCUACAGAGUUCGUUUGACGGAUACUCUUGUAUCGAGUCUGCAAAUCAAGCCACUGGACGAGUAUUCUCUAGCAUAUGUGACUGGAGUAGUACGUAAUCCGGCUCAAAUAGAAGAUGUACAAGCAGAAGAAGACAAUGUUCCUGCUGACGACAAGAUGCAAGUGGAUUCAGAAGAACCUACUGCAGCUGGCUCUUCAGAUGAACAAAAAGUAGCAAAAGCAGUCACAGCACAAGCUGCAGCUUUGUCAGAAACACCAGUGCUAGAUAUUAUAUCAGCAUCAGAACGACCAUCACAUCAUCCAGUAGUGAUUGGAGAAAUCAAGCUAUCUGAAUUCAGACGCAUACUAGAGAAUGAUGGUAUGCAAGCUGAAUUCAAUUCUGGAGUCCUGGUUGUGAAUAGACGGAUUGCUGUUAAACGACGACGAGAACGGAAGGAGGUAGUGUUGGACGGAUGGGUUGGAGAGGAUUAUUAUCGAGUGAGGAAGAGGUUGUAUGAGCAGCAUGCCAUAAUAUGA